UGUUUUCAUUAUUCCCCGCCAGCAGGAAAGGGGUUGGGUUAAGCCGCCACCCAGAGUCCAGGCGCUCCAAGCGGAGUCCCUUAUUUCCCUUCCGGAGAGGUGAGCGGAAAGGGUUGCUGCAGUCGACCCGGAGUUCAGGACGCGAAAGUUCAGGACGCAGGGGCUGCACCAUGGCUGGAUACCUCGGCCUGUGGAUACUCUCGAGUUAUAUAAUCUUUGGAAACGGACUUCAUUGGGAGAUUCUUGGCGGAAGGCAAGAGCAAGUAUUCCAUCAGAAGAGCCUAAUCAGGCAAAAGCGAGAAUGGAUUGUCCCACCUUCCGAGAUCUGGGAAGAGCGUGACAAUUCCCAGAAGAACCCAAUUGCUAAGAUUCGGUCUGACAAAGAUGUUGAACCAGGAGAAAUUAUUACUUACACCAUUUCUGGCCAAGGAGUCACAGAACCACCAUAUCAUUUAUUCGUGAUUAAUGGGAAAACUGGAGAAUUGAACAUAACAGGAAUAGUCGAUCGGGAACAAACACCAAUGUUUCAUCUGAAAGGCUAUGCCAUGAAUCAAAGAGGUGAAAAUCUGGAAAGGCCACUGGAUUUGCGGAUUAAAGUUCGGGAUAUAAAUGACAAUAGCCCAGUGUUUUCACAAACAGGUUUUAGUGGUUCUGUUGAAGAAUUGUGUGAAGUGGGUACUCUUGUGCUGAAGGUAAAUGCAACUGAUGCAGAUGAGCCCAAUACACUCAACUCCAAAAUUGCUUUUAGGAUUGUUUCCCAAGAACCUAAUGACCCUAAUGCAUUUGUCAUUAAGCAAGAAACAGGUGAAGUUAAGACAGCAACAUUCCAGCUUGACAGAGAGCUACAUAGUGGUUAUUCCUUGGUUGUGGAAGCAAAAGACUGUGAUUUAAAAGAAUAUGGGAAUCGUCAAGUGACUACUGUACAGAUCAAGAUUCUGGAUGUUAAUGACAACAUCCCUAAACUCAACAAGACUGUGUAUGAAGGAAGUGUAAAGGAAAAUAUAGCUAAUGUGGAAAUCAUGCGCCUGGACGUCUUUGAUGCCGAUGAACAAUUUACUGAUAACUGGCUGGCAAACUUUAGGAUUGUAUCUGGCAAUGAAGGAGGCUACUUCCGUAUAGAAACAGAUUCACGAACCAACCAAGGAAUUCUUACUCUGAUUAAGAAAAUAAAUUAUGAAGAAUUACAGACAAUGGACUUGAAGAUAGUAGUUUCUAACAAAGCAGCGUAUCACAAAUCAAUUAUCAGUCAAGUUUCCCAAGUAAAACCAAUUUCCGUCAAAAUUAAUGUGGAAAAUGUGAGGGAAGGCCCCGUAUUUAAGCCCCAAACGUUAGUGAUUAAGACAAUGGAAACAAUGAAAAUAAACCAGAUUAUUGGAAGCUAUCAAGCUUAUGAUGAAGACACUCAAAAAAUAGCACAACGCAUCACGUAUGCCAAAGGAAGCGAUACUGCAAAUUGGUUGAUAAUAGAUGCUAAAACAGCUGAGAUCAGACUACGUAAAGUCCUAGACUAUGAAUCACACUAUGUCAUCAAUGGUACUUACACUGCAACAAUUUUGGCCAUAAGUACUGACUACCCUCCAAAAACAGCUACAGGUACCAUCGUUAUUCAGAUUGAAGACAAGAAUGAUUACUGCCCAAUUCUGGUGAAUCAAAAAACAAAUGUCUGUACUGAUACAAAGUAUAUUAAUAUCACUGUUGAGGAUCGAGAUAGACAUCCAAAUGGUGGUCCUUUCACUUUCAAGAUCAUUGAUGAACCUGAAAGAAUAUCAGACAAAUGGAGAAUUGGCCUGAUAGUUGGAUCCAGAGCUCAGCUGAUACUCGAGGAUGUGACACCUGGCAUAUACAGAAUUCCUCUUUUAAUAAAAGAUAAACAAGGUUUCAGCUGUCCUGACCAACAAGUACUGGAAGUGAACGUUUGUGAUUGCAAGGAUGGCACUGGUUGCCAGGGUAGAAUUGUCAACUCCUCUGUUUUCCUGGGACCCGCUGCAGUUGCGCUCAUGAUCUUGGCAUUGUUGCUGCUACUCAUCGUGCCUCUCUUACUGCUGGCCUGUGGCUUUGGGUCAGGCUUUGGAUCAAGUGGUAGAAAAGGAUUUGUAGCUAUACCUGAUAACAGUGAAGAAAUGUUGCGUAACUGGAACAGUGAAGGAGCAGCACCUGAAAAUAAGGCAAUCCUGGACCUCCUUACUUCCUCCGGAUCAGAAAAAUAUAUGAGCAGUGGAGAAGUAGUCGUGGGAGCAGGAACAGCAGCAGCAGCAGCAGCAGCAGCAGGGAACAGCUUCUCCUGUACAAUCAAGGAGCAGAACAUGAGCAGCAACACGAUCUCGAGAUGGCGAGAAGACCGAGAAGCUCUUUUUUCUGAGGCAGAAUUUAUAAAUGCCUCAGCCCCAGGGGCGGGCUUGACAGCAGGUGGGACAAUGCUGCUAGGAGCUGGCAGAACUUUAGCCAUGGAUACUGGCAUGAUCAUGAAUGAAGAAUUUUUACGGGGUUACUUCAAUGAGAAAGCUGAUGCUUUUGCUGAUGAGGAUGAAAUGCAUCUUGCCAAAGAUUGCCUACUCAUUUACUCCCAGGAGGAAGAGCACGAUUCCCCUCAUGGUUCAGUUGGCUGCUGUAGCUUUAUUGAUGGUGACUUUGAUGAACAUUUCUUGGAUGACUUGGGAGACAAAUUUAAAACUCUGGCUGAGAUCUGUAUGGGCAAACCCACAGGCCUAAAAACAGAGCAGUUCAGCUCUCAUACCCAGAAAGAUACAACUAAUCGUUCAAUGAAUGGAUCCGGUCUGCCAUACUCCCAACAGCAGAAUGUGGUGAAUGCCGAACAUACUUAUUCAUCAGGGGCUGCCUACAACCUAUCUGAACCUGUGAAAGGUUUUGGUUCAGAAACAAUGACUGAGAAAACAAUAACUGAGUCAACUGUUACAUCUAAGUCUAACCUCCAGCCAGUGAAGCGAAUCCCAGACCCCAUGAUUAGCAGCAGCAGCAAUGUUGUAGUGACAGAAACAUCAUAUGGGACGGUACCAUCAACAGUCAUCCGUGAACCUCAGAUUAAGGAGAAUGUGGUAGUGACAGAAAGGGUCCUUGCACCUGCUUCUAGCUUGCAUGACAUGUUAGACAUGCCGGCUGGUGUCUUCCCAGACCUCCCAGAUUCAAAAUAUGUUGUUGUGAGGGAAAGGGAGCGAGUCCUUGUCCCUAGUUCUGACUUAAAGGCUUCUGUAAGCAUCCCCAAUCUGUCAGAAGGACAGAAUAUAAUGAUAACAGAGAGAGUAGUGACACCAACUCCUGUUAGGCGGGCCACAACUGAAGCAGGCACUUUUCCUAACAAUGAGAAGCAGGAACAGAUUUUAAUUUCUGACUCAUUCUUUAACCAAAGUAGCCCACAAGAAGUGCUUCCCACAGGUUCAACCUUAAGCAAGUCCUCAACGGUCAAACAAAAAUAUAGUACUGUACAAUAUACACGCUCAUAGGUGGAUUUCCACCCAUCACUUCAUAUAUACUAUUUAGCAAGGGAGGAUUUAUUGAUUGCCUUCUCAAGAGCUUGAAUAUGGUGUUUCACUUUCCUAACAGUGCUUUUUAACAAUCCACAAGAGUGCAACUUUAAAACCAUAUACUAGGUGCAAUUCCUCAUUGUGUAAUUGUGUAAAGCAGGAUUUAUUUUUGAGAAAUUAUUCAUAAGAUAGCUCUGUUAAAGAGUUCCUGAAAGAAACUCCCCAAGCUGACACAGAUAGAAAAUAAUAUUGUUUAUUGAAAGGGCAACAUAUUUUUUUCUAUGACUCCAAAAUCAAUAUAUUUUUAGUCUGGUUGCUAAUCCAAUUGAAGUUAGCUCAGUAUUCAUUAUGCAGCAAAUUCUACUGGCUUGCACCAUGAACCUAAAUAGAUUUUUUUAAUGAAUUCAUGGGGUUUAUUGUUUCAACAAUACUGUGUGUGUGUGUGUGUAUCAACAAAUUUGAAUAUAUUUCAAUUUAGUAAAAUUGACUUCAGAAAUGUAUUUUUAAGAGUGCAGUAUUCGCUAUCAGUGGGGUUUAUUCUUCAGUUAGUACAGUCGGGAUACAGCCUUAAAACUACAAUUUUAACUGGUGUGUUAUUCAUUGUAUACAUAGGGAGCAUUCCAAGUCUUUAAAAGAAUGGAUAUCAUUUCAUUUUUAAAAAAAUAAGUUCUAUAGAUUUUUAUAAAUUCUUUACUAAUAGAAACUGAAUGAAACAGGGUUUUAUUUCUUGGAUUUAUAUAUCCUUUUCGAGAUGAAUUAGUUUAUCCGUGUGGUUUGUUCAGAUAUUGUAUUUGAACAAGGUAAUAUAUUUCGCAAGGCAGAAUUCCAUCUAGUGUGUUUUUUUCACCAGAUGUCAGAUAUCAUACAACCA